CUCACCUCUCCAGUGAAGAAGAGGACUUCAUGAGGGAAGUUUUAGGACCACUGUUCUCCAAGGCCAGGGAAUUCAGCCCAUGAGAGGUCUGAGUCUCAGAAGGGCAGGAAAUACCUGAUGUCACUGGCUUUCUGUGGCAGAGCUAGAUACCCCAAGCUGGUGUCCCAGGCUGGGGGGCAGAGGAUGUGGCCUUGUACAGGUCCUCAAUCUCAAAUUCAGGCCUCCAUACUCCUUCUGCAGCUACUGUGAGCCAGCAACUCCCAGCUGACCUCCCAAAGUGUCCCAGCCCCAUCCCCGCGUCCACCAUACCCCUUCGAAGCACCCCACACGUACCAUGUCUGACACCAAAUUCUUCCUGUCCCCACUGCUGUUCCUCCCAGACCCCUCCUUGGCCACCUCCUUCUCCUGCCCUCUUUCGCCCAGACCUUCUCUGGGCCAGUCUCUCCAGCCUCCCUCCCUAACAGCUCUCAGAUCUCUCCCCUCAGAGGCCCCCAGGCCCGGUCCCAGCUUGGGCCUCAGCAUCAUCACUCCCUUUGCUCACCACAGUCACCUGCUCCAUAGCCUCCAGUUCAAGACCUGUCACCCUCCACCAGUGACCUGAGAGAGCAUCCCAAAGAUUUCAGGAAAAGGCCACAUCUGAGCUGAACCUUGAAGCUCAUAACACCAUAGUGUACCUACUGUGUGCCAGGAACUGCUCCAAACAUUUUACACAGAUCACUCACUGAAUCCUCACGGGAAUCCUGUGAUACAGGUUCCAUUAAUCGCCUCAUUUCACAGAUGAGGAAACACAGGUGAUCUGGCUCCAGAGGCCAGGCUCUUCGUAAUCACCGGAGUCUGCUACACUGAAGGAUGAAGAGUUAUAAUUUCAACAGGUAGAUAUGAGGGGCGUGAAUGGAUUCCAGGUUGAAGGAGCAAUACGAACUAAGGUUGGGAAGAGAGAAGCAUUGAGCACAUUGAGGAAACUGCAGGUCACAGAGGAUGGUUGGGGCUGGCAAAGCUGGCAGAGGCUGGAUUGUGAAAACCUCCAAUACCAGACUAGUCUUUCUCCUCCUAGCAAGCAGGAGCCAUGGACUGUUUCAAGCAGGAGAAUGACUGUUUCUUUUACAAAGACCCGUCUGGAUUGCGGGAGAUUGAGGCUGGAGGCGGAGAGGAUAAUGGCAGUGUCUCCAGCAGCAAGGGUGGAGCUGACACUGGGUUGCCUAUAGCAGGGGUGGGAUGCAGGGAAUGCUUUAAUGCCAGGUCCUGAAUCCUGGCCCUGGGCAAGAAGGAUUCCAGCAAGUUGGCCCUGACAGAGCUCCUCCAUACCUGCCCCCUCUCAACUUGGCACCACAUAGGCUUCUCUCUGUUUUUUCACCCUGGGUCUGCCCUGGCUCCUUGAGAAGGAACCUGCGUCCAUGUGAGGGAAGUCACAAGUAUAGGUGCCCUUCCUCCUAGUUGCACCUUUGCUGACAACAAGAAACAGGGAUCUAGGGUAGGGUGGCAGGGUAUUGGGAAAGAAGGAAAACUGAAGGACCUAUGUGUCCCUCAGUCCAGCCCCCCUCACUCCAAUCUCAACUUCAGGGGCCUUGAACUCCUGCUGGGAGACCAUGCUGGGCAAGAAGCUUAGGGUCUAAAGGAGUGGAUGUCGCUGGCCCUACAGAAUUCCCGAGUCUCAGCCUCUCAGGACCCCAGGUUCCAAAAUGAGCAGAAUUGUACAGCCCCAGAUUCUCAGGGAUGAUGGCCGCAGGCCUGGGCCUCUGGAAUGACACCAUCAAUGGCACCUGGGAUGGGGAUGAACUGGGCUACAAGUGCCGUUUCAACGAGGAGUUCAAGUACGUGCUGCUGCCUGUGUCCUAUGGUGUGGUAUGCGUGCUCGGGCUGUGUCUAAACGUUGCAGUGCUCUAUAUCUUCCUGUGCCGCCUCAAGACAUGGAAUGCCUCCACUACGUACAUGUUCCACUUGGCCGUGUCAGAUGCACUAUAUGCGGCCUCCCUGCCACUGCUGGUCUAUUACUACGCCCGCCGUGACCACUGGCCCUUCAGCACGUUGCUCUGCAAGCUGGUGCGUUUCCUCUUCUACACCAACCUUUAUUGUAGCAUCCUCUUCCUCACGUGCAUCAGUGUGCACCGGUGCCUGGGUGUCUUGCGCCCACUGCGCUCGCUGCACUGGGGCCGGGCCCGCUAUGCCCGCCGCGUGGCAGCUGCCGUGUGGGUGUUGGUGCUGGCCUGCCAGGCACCCGUGCUCUACUUUGUCACCACCAGUGUGCGUGGCAGCCGCAUUACCUGCCAUGACACCUCAGCGCCCGAGCUCUUCAGCCACUUCCUGGCCUACAUCUCCGUCAUGCUGGGCCUGCUCUUCGCGGUGCCCUUUGCCACCAUCUUGGGCUGCUAUGUGCUCAUGGCCCGGCGGCUGCUAAAGCCAGCCUAUGGGACUGCAGGGGGUCUGCCGCGGGCCAAGCGCAAGUCGGUGCGCACCAUUGCUGUGGUGCUGGCCGUCUUCGCCCUCUGUUUCCUGCCUUUCCACGUCACCCGCACCCUCUACUACUCCUUCCGCUCACUGGACCUCAGCUGCCACACCCUUAAUGCCAUCAACAUGGCCUACAAGAUCACCAGACCGCUGGCCAGCGCCAACAGUUGCCUUGACCCUGUGCUCUACUUCCUGGCUGGGCAGAGGCUUGUGCGCUUUGCCCGGGACUCCAAGCCACCCACAAAUCCCAUGCCUACUGCCCAGGCUAGCCGCAGGCUGGACCUGCGCAGGUUUCACAGAACUGACACCAAGACAGAAGAUGAGUCAGCCAGUAGCGAGGACUCCAGGCAGACAGAAUCCACACCGACUGGUGGCAGGAACACUAAGGACAUCCGGCUAUAGAACCUGAACCCCUCUGUCCUAUGCAAGUUUAUAUCGGGGGAACCGUAGGGACUAUGACUUGUUCAAGUGGGACGGUCUCCCCAGAUAUGGACCAAUGUGACUCAUGCGGGAUGGUCAAGGCAGCCAUGACCCCAACGCUCUGUCAUUUGACAGGGGCUCAGGACACUCUCUGUGGUCCAGAGAACUCAGCGGUCCCUACAGCCCCAUCGCCAUUGGGAUAAAGUUUCAAGAAAGGCAAGGGUUCAGAGCCAAUGCUGCCACUGGCCUGACUCACCCACGUAAAUAGCUGGCUGUGUCUGCCAAGGUACCUAGACUGGAGCCCUACCUAACCAAGUCAAAUGGAGAAACAGGCCCAGAGAGAGAAGAGACAUACCAAGGUCACAGAGCAGAGUCUGGGCCUCAGCUACAUGGGAGGGGUGGGCUUGCAGGCUGACCAGAGGAUCCUGGUAAGCAGUCAGGGCUAAGCCAGAGUUUUCCACAGAGGGUCUGGGGGCAUAUCUGGGUGCCACAGUGGACUCAGCAAUGAGAAGUAUCCCCAGCCUAAGAAAAACAUCUGGAAACUGAUGUCGUAAACUUAUCUGGAGUCUCCCCUGGGCUGGGAGCCAGUUUGAGGUUGUAACUUAUACUAAAAGUGUUGUUGUCUGUUGAGCUGUGCCCUAUUUUGUGGUUAGAGAUAGCUGUCACCAACCACACCAGGGUCCUUUCUUCAGCCUGCUCUCAUCUGCCACCUGCCUUUCCACUAGCUGCCUCAGCAGUGGUCUCACAUCAGGUAUCCCCUCUCCAGACCCCAGGUCAUCCCCCACUUUAAAGCUAACUGGCUUUUGUGGCUGGUUCUGUUGGGCACAGAAAGGAGUCAGGUGGGGUCCCAGUCCUUGAGAUCCCCCAGUUUAUGACUUAAGGGUGAUAACCAGUCAAUUGCUGACAAACCUUAAACCAUUUAACUGGCCUGCUGGGGCGGGGGAAGGUAUGAGGGAGACAUCUUAUUUGUAACAUUGCCAAUUGCUGUCUUACAAAUACUCCUGCCAUAGCCAGUUUCAGACUACCAACCUUCUUGCAAAAUUCUUCAAAUUUAACAACCAGCUCUUGCCAGCAGGUACAAGUUGUUCUAGCACACCACUGGAUAAUGCUGAGUCAUUAAGGUUGUGGACCAGGGGGACAGGGAAGGCUUCUUGGGGUGGGAGGACUCCUGAGCUGUAGCUUCUGAGAAAAGCGGUUCAUCAGAGAAGAACGUCCAGGUGCAGGGUGCAUCCUGGGCAAAGACAUGGGGGCAGGAGAGCAGGGUGUGCAGGAACUAGAAGCAGGCUGGGCAAGUGGUGCCCAGGCUCAAGGCAGGAAUGGGGCUGAGGCUGGGUCACAAGAAGGCCAAGUCAGGGCUCCUUCCUUCCCCUAAUCAUGAGGUUUCCUUUGCACUGAGUGGUAUGGGAGAGACUCACUCUUCUCCCACCCAGUCCUCUGCCUCCUGGGAAAAUGCAGCUACAUGGUUAAUGCCCAUGGUUAAUGGGUCAGGGCUUGGUGUGAGGGAGAUGGGUCUCAUCUGUGACAGGUUCUGAGUCCAGCCAGGACCACUCUGGAGGUUUGUGGAGCUGAGAUUGGCAGGGUCCACUAGCCAUUGGGCAGAGAUAGGACAAAGCUGACAGGCCCCACUCUUAACCUCAAGGAUAAGGACGCACUCCCUCUCCCUCUGGAAGAGCCCUUGCCCUAUGGGCCCACUCGGCCUGAAAGAAGGUUCUUUCCUCACUACACUUCCACUGCUCCCUGUAACUUCUCCACCCUUCCCACUCUACCGUAGCAAAAUGGGGCACCUCCAGGGGUUGCUCUAUUUAGAGUCUGACUCCACAGUUCCCUCACGUGACAGGAACCCAUCACAAGCUAUCACAAAUACAAAUGAUUAUUCUACAUUGUGCAAUGUGGGUGACCUGCCCAAAGUGGUGUUUAAUGCUUACCUCUCACAUUCUAGGUUCUAUACUUCUGUUAAUGUAACCAGAGUCCCUAUGAGCUUGUUUUGUAACUACCUCUUACAGACUGUCCUUGAGCCUUUCCUGUAGGCUAGAGCCUGUCUCCUUUCUACUAGCUGCUGCUCAGGCUGAACCCCACCCCAGUUUAUAGAGACACCCUACCCAGAUAGGAUGCUGUGCUGGCCAGGAGUGUGAAUGCUGGGCUCCGACUCCCUCAGCUCUGCUUCGACCCAGAGGCAGGGGUUAUACAUUAUGACUUUGGGGACUCUUGAGUGUGCAUCGGUGGUUUGGGGUGGAGCUGUGACCACUACAGGCCCAAGUUCACCUAGUUCCCAUUCCUUUCACAUCCUGUCUACCUGCCCCUCCAGCAGCUGCCCUGGAGACCCUGAAAACCCAGGGCUCCAUGGCACGUGGAGACAACACUGUGGUCUGGCCCUAGGAAGCCUCCCUUAAACCAGCUGCCUACAGAUUUCUAAGGACUCAGGACCUAGGGGAUGGAGUGGGGUGAGGUGAGGGGACUGACUGACCAUCUAAUCCUGUGGCAUGCACUGAUAGGGAUGGGGAAUGGGGACCCUAAGGGAAUCAGGGCCAGGCCCAGGAUCCCACCUCUGCACCCCAGUUGGACUGCCCGGCGCUUCGUUCUAAAGAUCUGGCCCCAUGUAGCUCAGUGCCCAAGCCACCCUCCUGGUGUGUGAGUUUCCUGACGCUGCUGCCUUGUGCUAUUUUCAGCCCAAGUAAGAGCAGGAUUUUCCACUCCCGGCCACAGACCAUUGUCCAGCAGUGACGUGGGGGACCUGCCUACUCUCAAAAUAUCUCCUUACUCUCUGGGCCUCCCUGCCCCUCCCCACCCCCUCACCCUGACAUAACUUCCUGGGGCUGAUGACUCCUGAAGGCCACUGUGAAAAGGCACAGCCACCUGACAGGGACCCCAGGGAUUGUUCGGCACAGCUGCAGACUCAAGGCUGAAGAGGGGCGGGGCCUCGCCCAAGGUCAAUCAGGGGGUCAGCCUGGCGCCUGGACAUAUGCCAGGGGCUCAGGCUGCUCCUUUUAGUGCAGGUCAGUGCCUUUGUGGGAAUCCUGCCAUCACCCUCACCACCCAAGUUCUUCCCACCCCAGAUAGACAGAGCCACAGAACUGAAGCCAAAGACACAAGGCAGAAAGGUGUGGGAGCAGGGUGAAGAGAGUUAAUGCCUGCUGACUUGCCUACAGCAGCUGUUGUCGAUAAGCUCCAUGAAACCAGGGCAGAGGGCUUGGCACCAUCUCUCUGCCCUGGGUGACAGGUAUCCCACAGCCCAGGAGGGAGCGGGGAACAUCAGAGGACAUUCCCACUCUCACCUUCCAAGGCUAGAAAAGGCCCUGAAUGACAUGCUCCCCAGACAUAGUUCCAGGUCAGGCUACCACCGUUGUCACGGCAGAUUUGGGCUGAUUUGUUUAGAGUCAGGCGAAUGAGGAGGGAAACUCCUGUACUAACCCAUGCCCAGGCACCAGCCAGACCCUCUCAAAAACAGUAUAUCAUUUAGUCUUCACUGCAACUGUGUGAAAUAGACAUUCUUCUCCCCCUUCAGUAGACGAGGGGACAGGCUCUGAGAAGUGACAGCUUGUUCCAGGUUACAUAGGCAGUAAGAGGGUGAGUCGAGAUUGAGUCCAGGUCCAUGUGAUGCCCAGAUUAGUUCCCUUUCUAAUAUCCUGUGCCACUUGCAACCCCUGUGGCAGGAGAGUUUAUAAGUAACCCUUCAUGUGGUUGAGAUGAGAGAGGCUAUAUAACAAGGAUGGUGUUAAGAGUACAGAUUCUACACCCAGACCAGCUGGGUUUGAGUGUGGUCUCCACUUUUUCCAGCCAUGGUAUCUUGGGCAAAAUACUUAAUCUUACAGUGCCUCAAUUUUCUUAUUGUUAAAAGGAGGCACUACCUCCCAUGUAGGGCAUUGGGAGUUUUACCUGAGUUAACACACAGGAAGCACUUAGAACAGUGCCUGGCAUGUGAUAAGCAGUUACACACUGGGCACUGAACCAAGGGGAUAUGGAGGUGAACCAGCCAGAUCCUACCCUCAUGGAGUUGACAUAAUUUAAUAUGGAACCACAUGAGGAUAAGCGACUUGAGGAAAGGACAGUGUGUCCAGCCAGUGAGCACCAUAGGUCCCCUGUGGCCAAGGUUUCCCCUGGGUAGAGGAGGAAGGGAGCAGGCCCAUCCUGGGGUAAGGUGUGGGAGCACCCUCUGCCCGGCCUGGCACCGAAGGGCUUUCAGGCACACAGGCUUCUGUGUCUACAGAACCUUAUCCAAGUGUCUGGCUGUGGGGAAGGCAUCAGGGAGAAGGGACAGUGGGAGGAGAAGGAGAAAGACAUCUUUGAUAGCAAGCUUCUGGAGCCAGCUCCUGUGGGAUAGAGAGUUCCCACCCACCCAUGGCAGCAGGUUUAGUCAUUUCUCCUUCACAAGAGGUACAUGCCAUGGGGUACUGCAGCCACUCACUGCAUGGUUCAGCCAAGAGCCUGGAGACCCAGGGUGGAAAUACUGGACUGGAGCUGGGCCGAAGUAGGCAAUGAAUAGGCAGCAUUUGCUGUGUGACCUGAGGCCAUCUGCUGGCCCUCUCUGGGCCACUCUGGAGAACUUGCCUCUCAUGUUCCAGUUCUUCCUACCUCAAUUAGGGCACCAACUGUCUAGAUCUUCAUGAAGGAGCUACUAAUUGCUGCUCCCCCGGGCACUCCCCAAAUCCCCUGGGCUCAUCGU